AUGGCCACAUCAGCCCGUCCGACACCCACAGCCUCGACGCCCGUUGACUUUGGCCCCAAUGUGCAUAUCUUUGAUCCCUCAAUGCCCAUGGCUCAGAUCAUGUCGACGAUAGCACCCAUAUUUCACAGUCAAGACACAAGCCAGUUUGGUCCGGGGCGCCAUGCAUAUCUCUUCAAACCGGGAUCGUACAAUCUGAACGUGGACGUGGGUUACUACAUGACUGUUCACGGGUUAGGUCACUCCCCUGAUGACGUGACCGUCACCGGUAGUGUGCAAUCGCUGGCGACAAGCACCCAAGGUCUGGCUCUGAACAGUUUCUGGCGCGGCGUCGAGAAUCUCUCUGUCGUGCCUACGACCAAUGGAGACAUCAGCGGCUGGGCCGUUUCCCAGGCCACCUUCUUGCGCCGCGUGCAUGUCAUUCGCGGCCAGCUUUUCCUCUUUGACUGGCGCUACCCAUCAGACCGGAACUAUUCCAGCGGCGGCUUCAUUGCAGACUCUCUUGUUGAUAAUCAGAUCGUUUCCGGCUCCCAACAGCAAUUCUUGACCCGCAAUACGACUCUCACGAACUGGAUUGGGGGUGUCUGGAACAUGGUUUUCGUUGGCGAUGACCAAGCUCCAUCCGAAUCAUGGCCCGAUCAACCUUUCACAGUGAUCCCAAAAACCCCUUGCAUCCGUGAAAAGCCCUACCUCAUUUUCGAGAACGACUACGCGGUGCGAGUCCCCAGCCUGAAGAGGGAGAGCCAAGGUACAAGCUGGUCCAACAUGCCUGACUCUGUCACAACUAUACCGAUCAAUCAAUUCUACAUCGCCAAAGCAGGCACAGACACCGCCGAUUCCAUAAACAAUGCUCUUCAUCACGGCCACCACCUGAUUCUCACGCCAGGUGUCUAUCAUCUAUCCAGAAGCCUAGAGGUCAAGCACCCCAAUACCGUGAUCCUGGGUCUCGGAAUGGCUACAUUGGUCCCUGAUAACGGCACUCCGGCGAUGGCAAUCGACGACGUCGACGGCGUAUCGGUCUGCGGGAUCAUCUUCGAUGCAGGCCCCGUUCGGUCCUCCCAGCUUCUGACAGUAGGAGGUGUGGAUAGUACAGCUGAUCACAGCGCAAAUCCCACCGCGCUGUUUGAUCUCUCCUGCCGCGUUGGGGGUGCCACUCCAGGUUCGACCAUAAAUUGUUUCACCAUCAACUCCAACAAUGUGAUCCUCGACAACAUCUGGAUCUGGCGUGCCGACCACGGCAACUCUGGCACCGUCGGCUGGACUGUCAAUACAGCCGAGAAUGGGCUGACGGUGCAAGGGCAGAAUGUGGUCGCCUACGGCCUGUUCGUCGAACACUUCCAAAACUUCCAGACCGUUUGGAACGGAAACGGUGGCCAGGUCUACAUGUACCAGUCCGAGAUCCCGUACGAUCCGCCCGACCAGGCCUCUUGGCAACAGCCCACCGGGAAUAAGGGGUAUGCGUCCUACAAGGUGGGAGAUCAGGUCAGCUCCCAUGCGGCCAAAGGUCUCGGAAUCUACUGCAAUUUCGACAACCAAGUCGAGCUCGAUAAUGCCAUCGAGACACCGACAGGACCGGGAAUCCAGCUCAACCACAUGGUUACGCAGUGGCUUAAUGGGAAGCCAUUCAGCGCCAUCAACCACAUCAUCAACGGGACCGGGGACCGCGUGUACGACAACGGACGGAACUUGAACGCAAAGUCGUCUAUUUGA